UUAAUAAACCUGUUGUUAAGUCGAACUGACGCGUUCUCCAUGGAUUCAGACAAGUGCGCAUGCGCUCCAGGCAUUUACCACCAUGGCGUCGUAAAGUAGAAAAGAACACGGUUAUUUUUGGAGAUAAAAAAAAAAGCUUUUUAAGGGCAAAAAACGACAAGAGCAUGCACCGGGAAAAGAAAAUAACAAAAGAAGACACAUGGAGACCUGCUGACCUGAGAAGACACAUCACAGAAAAAGCUUACGAUGAUGGCUAUGCCAGAAGGAGAGACGAUGGUGAGAGAAAGCACCGUGGAGAAUCCAUGGAGAGACGUCGCCGAGAUCCAGAGGAGUCGAGACAAGAUGGAGACAAGCACAGAGAAAGAGACAGAACAAGAGAAAGAAAAGAUGGAGAUUAUAGAGACAGAUAUUCAGAACGAAGAAAAGAGAGCUCACAAGACCAGAGAGGUGACAAGGACAGAAAAGAUAAAGAAGACAGAAGAGACAACAAGGACAAGGAGAGGAAGAGAUUAGUUGAUGAUGAUGGAGGAAACAGGGAAAAAAGACCUGAUAAAGGAGACACACGUGAUAGGGAGAGGCAUAGAGACAGAUACAAAGAUGAGGAGAAAGAAAGGGUAAGGGACAGAGAGAGACACCGGGGGGAGGACACAGUCAAGGAAAGGAGGAGAGAAGAGCACAGGAGUGAGAGGAGACGGCAUGAGAAAAGUGGGAAAGAAAGACGAGAUGAGACAGAAAAGCUACAAAUAGAGCAGAGGGAUAGACGGCACAGAGAGGACUGUGAAGACAAGAGGAAAGACGGACACACUCAGGAAAGACACAGAGACAGAACACAUUCUGAGCAAAAAGAGGGAAGAGAGCACAGAAGACACGAAGAGGAAAGCGACAGAAGACACAAAGAGAGAGGACAUCACGGAGAGAAACGGGAGCGCAAAUCCUGGGAGCAGCAGGACAUAAAAUCAUCUGCUGAUGGUUUCAGCCCACACCAAGUAGACAAAGACCGAAGGGACAGAGACAAACACAAAGAGAGAAGGGAAAGUAAAAAGGAGGAAGAGGAUGCAGACAGGCGGAACAAAGAGAGACGACUCAGAGAAGAAGACACCAAGAGAAGUAUUAGGGAGCAAGCAGAUUCUAAGAUAAAAUCAUCUGAUAGAAGUCACAGAGAGAAGACAAAGGAGGUCAGAGUUGUCUCUGAGCAGCGGAGAGCGGAUGUUAAAGAUGAAGAAGACGCACAAGAGCCUGUUGAUCUGCAGGAAGAUCUGGCGGACCAAGAGUAUGAAGAUGAUUUUGAGACUCUGAUGAGUAUCAUGGAUUACGAGGAUGAUUUUGAAGAGGCAGAUGAGAGUGUGGAGGAAAGUUGGGAUAAGCAGGAGGAAAUCAUAGCGCAGCGGCAGCAGGAGAUCGAUGAGAUACGGAGAGCGAUGGCUAAAGAGAACGAGAGAGUUGGAACGACUCUGCACAGACAAACCAAGAGUAGAGAGGAGGAAGACCAGCCCAGGUGGUCCAAAGAUGCAGCUUCUUCAGAUUUUGAAAAGAAGAUUAAAACCUCCAGUCAUGGGAAAUUUAUCAAUUUUGUGGCUGCAAGGCAUCGCGAAGUGAGCAAGGAAGUCGCCUCAAAGCAGAAUAAGCGAGGCGCAGAGCUGCUUCGUUUAAUCGAUCUGGAUUAUUCCACGACCUUCUCCCUCUUGGAUUUACCACCGGUCACUGAAUACGAAAUGUACAUCAGACACUUUGGAAAUGCAAACACAAAGCAGGAAUACACUCAGUGCAAUGAGGAUAAUCCAGACCGAGACAUCCAGACAGAGGAAAUAGACACAAGUGAAAAGUGGACUCAACAUCCCCCUGAACACAUUGGAGCUUGUGGAGAUCCAAAAUCCUCCCAGGAAGCACGAGACAAAACCAAUAGUGACCUUUGCUUUGAUUCGCAUCGUCUGGCAUCAUUUCUGCAGUCGGCCUCACAGGUCAUGGUGGUGUUAUUGGAGGAGGAUGAAGCAGAGAGAAAAUCCCUCAGAAAGUUGAAGAUUCAAACAGAAUCUCUUUCUUUCAGCGAUGGAAGUUUACAGCUCAACACCAGUUUGCCUUUCCUUCUCGGUCGACACAUUAGCCUGGUGCACUUCUCUCAGGUCCAGAGACACACCAUGUUGUCCGUGCACAUGCCCACGGUCAAAGCCAGCGCUGUUCGCCUUGACAGCAACACCAUCAUCUGCAUCUGGAACAUCUGGGAGCCAUCCAGACCUCAGAAGAUACUUCUUUAUGAAUCAGAGGUGCAGUGCUGCUGUUUCAGUCCUGGAAAGUCCACACUGGUGUUUGCAGGCACUUCAGUGGGUUCAGUGGUGCUGUGGGACCUGAGGGAGCGGGCCAGUAACCAUUACAGCUUAAAGAUCGGGGAAGAGGACUGGACCUUUAGACAGCCUACAUUCUCCACUGAUGCAGUAAUGUCCAGCUCGGGCCAUUUGUCCUCCGUGACCUCCGUAGAGGUCGUCCCCUUCACUGUAGCGGGGCUGAGUUCAGAGGUCCCACUUUUAGCGUCCAAGGAAGAGCUGACGGGAUUGUCCUUCCAGCUGGCCUCUCUGGAUCAAAGUGGGGUCUUAAAUUUCUGGGUGGUGCUAGAGCUCCCUAAAGCCAACGAGGCCGGCUCUCCUACAGAUCUAGGUCUGCGCCCUGGGGGUAAAGUCAAGCUGCUCCACAGCUCCUCCCUCCUCGCUGCCGACAGGACGUCAUCACGAGAUGUGGUGAACACAAGGCAGUUCCAGGCGCUGCUUCUAAAAAUCCUUCCAACAGACUCCAAUCAUUUCUUCAUCGGCACCGAUUUGGGUCUGGUCAGCCAUGGAACAAGUCACGGUUUGAAGGCUCUGCCGAAGUUCUACAGGUUCCAGGAGGUGGAAGAGCGACCUGUUGACAUCAGCUCCAUCCACUUCUCUCCCUUCAAGCUACACUUGUUCCUGGUGGGAUGUGGUGACGGCAGCAUCCGGCUACACGCAGUAAGCCGUGAUCGGCCUGUGGCUGAGUGGAGGAGCUCCACAGCUGGAGAACCGCUGGUUUCCCUGCAGUGGUCUCAGACCAGACCCACGGUGUUCUGCGGGCUUGAUGCUGCUUCCAACCUCUACAUCUGGGACCUGCUGGAAAGCGACGCACAGCCUGUGAUCAAGGAGAGACUGACAGCUGAUCGGGUGACGGCCAUGUCCGUGUUCGGAGAUUCAGGACAGCAGACAUAUUCAGGAGUCGCCCUUGCACACCAGUCGGGAAAAAUAGAACUGCAUUAUUUCACUAAAGCUUUCACCACGAGCAGCUCGGCGGAGGAGGAACAGCUGGAGAGUUUAAUGACUGAAGCCUUUUAAAAUAAGGCUUUUAUUGAUUUAUCAAGCAAAUGAUUCCAUUCGUGAAUCGGCUUUUGGAGCACACACUUCCUGUAAGACCUGUUUUUCCUCUUUAAUCGAACAACAGGAGUAGAAAACCAUCCAUUUGGAGAGGAUUAUGGUUAAAGACCAAAGAUUCUUACUAAGAACAAUGUACAGCAAUAAUAUAUAGACUAAAUAUUUUAUUAACAUGUUUAUCCAAAAUAAAGUGAGUUUAUGUGACCUGAUGGUUGAUUCUUGGUUUGAUCAUUUUAUACAUCCUUUUAAAUGUAAAAGCUCUUAUUAACCAUUUUAUGUCUGAUUUACUGAGUGACUUUCAGAAUAAAAGUAUAUUUAUGUG